AUGAACUCAGAGAACCUCACCUGGGCCAUGGGUGCCCCUGGUGAAUUCAUCCUCCUCGGCAUCACGAAUCGCCAGGACCUGUAUGUGGCCCUCUUCCUGACCUGCCUGCCUGUCUACCUGGUGAGUCUGCUGGGAAACAUGAGCAUGGCGCUGCUGAUCCGCGUGGAUGCCCGGCUCCACACACCUAUGUACUUCUUCCUGGCCAACCUCUCCCUGCUGGAUGCCUGCUAUUCCUCCGCCAUUGGUCCCAAGAUGCUAGUGGACCUGCUGCUGCCCCAAGCCACCAUCCCUUACACAGCCUGUGCUCUCCAGAUGUUUGUCUUUGCAGGUCUGGCUGACACCGAGUGUUGCUUACUGGCAGCCAUGGCCUAUGACCGCUAUGUGGCCAUCAGAAAACCGCUUCUCUAUACAACAGCUAUGUCACAGCAACUAUGCCUGGCCUUGCUGGGUGUUUCGGGCCUGGGUGGGCCAGUGAGCGCCUUCGUUCACACAACCCUCACCUUCCGACUGAGUUUCUGCCACUCCCGGGAGAUCAAUAGCUUCUUCUGCGACAUCCCUCCACUGCUGGCCAUCUCAUGCAGUGACACCAGUCUCAAUGAACUCCUUCUCUUCGCCAUCUGUGGCUUCAUCCAGACAGCCACGGUGUUAGCUAUCACAGUGUCUUAUGGUUUCAUCGCUCAGGCUGUGAUCCACAUGCACUCAGUCGAGGGCCGUCGACAAGCAGCCUCCACCUGUGGAUCCCACCUCACAGCUGUGGCCAUGAUGUACGGGACACUCAUUUUCAUGUACCUGCGCCCCAGCUCCAGCUAUGCCCUGGACACUGACAAGAUGUCCUCUGUGUUCUAUACCCUGGUCAUCCCGGCUCUCAACCCGCUCAUCUACAGCCUCCGCAACAAGGAGGUCAAGGAGGCCCUCAGGCGGACCUGGAGCCGAUUCCGCUGUCCAGGACAGGGGCCCCAGUGA